CAUGCUCAGAAGCGCUUAGAGCGCUCCGGAGUGUAGAUCAGGAAAAGGGAAGGGAACAGUCGGUAGCCAUCUUACUUAGGACCAAAACACAAAUAACUCGACUAUAAAGGCAACCGACAGCAGAGGUCCCUGGGAUAUCGCCUUCGGAGACUUUCCGGUCACCGUUGGCGGCCUGACCAGAGUCGUGGUGACAAUUUAAAGGCUGUUCCUGCUCACAAAGCGGCGUGCCGAGGAAGGACGCGUCUCUUUGAAUAGACAGGAUGCACGGACCGCCCUCCGGCGACAGCGCAUGCCCACUGCGCACCAUCAAGAGAGUUCAGUUCGGCAUCAUCAGCCCAGAUGAACUUAAACGGAUGUCCGUUACAGAAGGGGGAAUCAAGUACCCCGAAACAACAGAAGGAGGACGUCCUAAACUUGGUGGCCUUAUGGACCCAAGACAAGGGGUCAUAGAACGAAGUGGAAGAUGUCAGACAUGUGCAGGCAACAUGACAGAAUGCCCUGGCCACUUCGGGCACAUAGAAUUGGCAAAGCCAGUUUUCCAUGUCGGCUUCGUAACGAAGAUAAUGAAGGUUCUUCGAUGUGUCUGCUUCUUUUGCUCUAAGCUAUUAGUGGAUUCUAACAACCCAAAGAUCAAAGACAUCCUUAUAAAAUCUAAAGGACAGCCCAGGAAACGUCUCACACAUGUGUACGAGCUGUGCAAAGGAAAAAAUAUCUGUGAAGGAGGAGAGGAGAUGGACAACAAAUUUGGAAUGGAACAGCAGGAGACUGAGGAGGACAUAACCAAGGAGAAGGGCCACGGCGGCUGUGGGCGCUACCAGCCGGGCAUCAGGCGCUCCGGCUUGGAGCUCUACGCCGAGUGGAAGCACGUUAACGAGGAUUCACAGGAGAAGAAAAUCCUGCUGAGUCCCGAGCGCGUGCACGAGAUCUUCAAGCGCAUCUCCGAUGAAGAGGACGUCAUCUUGGGCAUGGACCCCAAGUUUGCCCGGCCAGAAUGGAUGAUUGUAACUGUGCUGCCUGUGCCUCCGCUGGCCGUCAGGCCCGCUGUCGUCAUGCAGGGCUCUGCUCGCAACCAGGAUGACUUGACACACAAGCUGGCUGACAUCGUCAAAAUCAACAACCAGCUGAGAAGGAACGAGCAGAGCGGCGCCGCAGCUCACGUCAUCGCUGAGGACGUCAAACUGCUCCAGUUUCACGUCGCCACCAUGGUGGACAAUGAACUGCCAGGCCUGCCAAGGGCAAUGCAAAAGUCUGGCCGUCCGCUCAAAUCCAUAAAACAGCGUCUAAAGGGGAAGGAGGGGCGAGUCCGAGGUAACCUGAUGGGGAAGCGUGUGGACUUCUCUGCCAGAACCGUCAUCACCCCCGACCCCAACCUGCAGAUCGACCAAGUGGGCGUGCCCCGAUCCAUCGCCGCCAACAUGACCUUCCCAGAAAUCGUCACACCCUUUAACAUCGACAGAUUACAAGAGCUGGUGCGAAGAGGCAACAGUCAGUACCCAGGAGCCAAAUACAUCAUCCGGGACAAUGGGGACAGAAUUGACCUGCGAUUCCACCCCAAACCAAGUGACCUUCACCUGCAGAUUGGCUACAAGGUGGAACGACACAUGUGUGACGGUGACAUCGUCAUCUUCAACAGACAGCCUACACUACAUAAAAUGUCCAUGAUGGGGCACAGGGUCCGCAUUCUGCCCUGGUCCACGUUUCGACUCAACCUCAGUGUCACCACCCCGUACAACGCUGACUUCGACGGGGAUGAGAUGAACCUCCACCUGCCUCAGUCCCUGGAGACGAGGGCGGAGAUCCAGGAGCUGGCCAUGGUGCCCCGUAUGAUCGUCACCCCCCAGUCCAACAGGCCCGUCAUGGGCAUCGUGCAGGACACACUCACAGCUGUCCGCAAGUUCACCAAAAGAGACGUCUUCUUAGAGAGGGGCGAAGUGAUGAACCUCCUCAUGUUCCUCUCCACCUGGGACGGCAAAGUGCCUCAGCCGGCCAUCCUCAAGCCCCGUCCUCUGUGGACAGGCAAGCAGAUCUUCAGCUUAAUCAUUCCCGGACACAUCAACGUGAUCCGCACACACAGCACUCACCCCGACGAUGAGGACAGCGGCCCUUACAAACACAUCUCCCCCGGAGACACAAAGGUCAUAGUGGAGAACGGGGAGCUGAUCAUGGGAAUCCUGUGUAAGAAAUCUCUGGGAACCUCAGCCGGCUCCCUGGUCCACAUCUCCUACCUGGAGAUGGGCCACGACAUCACCCGCCUCUUCUACUCCAACAUUCAGACGGUGGUCAACAACUGGCUGCUCAUCGAGGGUCAUUCCAUUGGUAUUGGUGACUCCAUUGCUGAUGCUAAGACCUACCUGGACAUCCAGAACACCAUCAAGAAAGCCAAACAGGAUGUGAUAGAAGUCAUCGAGAAAGCCCACAACAACGAGCUGGAGCCGACGCCCGGUAACACUCUGAGGCAGACCUUUGAGAACCAGGUGAACCGAAUCCUGAACGACGCUCGUGACAAAACGGGAUCCUCCGCCCAGAAGUCUCUGUCUGAGUACAACAACUUCAAGUCCAUGGUGGUGGCCGGCUCCAAAGGCUCCAAGAUUAACAUCUCACAGGUUAUUGCCGUGGUGGGGCAGCAGAACGUGGAGGGUAAACGAAUCCCCUUCGGCUUCAAACACCGCACGCUGCCUCACUUCAUCAAGGACGACUACGGUCCUGAGAGCAGAGGCUUCGUGGAGAACUCGUACCUGGCCGGACUGACUCCAACCGAGUUCUUCUUCCACGCCAUGGGAGGCAGAGAGGGUCUCAUCGACACAGCCGUCAAGACUGCUGAGACUGGUUACAUCCAGCGUCGUCUGAUCAAGUCCAUGGAGUCUGUGAUGGUGAAGUACGACGGCACGGUGCGUAACUCCAUCAACCAGGUGGUGCAGCUGCGUUACGGCGAGGAUGGCCUGGCGGGAGAGAACGUCGAGUUCCAGAACGUGGCAACGCUCAAACCAUCACACAAGGCCUUCGAAAAGAAGUUUAAGUUUGACUGCACCAAUGAGCGAGCGCUGAGGCGGACGCUGCAGGAAGACGUGGUGAAAGACGUGCUCACCAACGCACACGUGCAGAGCAGCUUGGAGAGGGAGUUUGAGAAGAUGAAGGAGGACAGGGAGGUCCUCCGAGCCAUCUUCCCCACUGGGGACAGUAAGGUGGUGCUGCCGUGCAACCUGGCCAGAAUGAUCUGGAACGCUCAGAAGAUCUUCCGCAUCAACACUCGGACUCCGACAGACCUCAACCCUCUCAGGGUGGUCGACGGUGUUCAUGACCUGAGUAAGAAGCUGGUGAUCGUGAACGGCGAGGACCCUCUGAGCAGACAGGCGCAGCAGAACGCCACUCUGCUCUUCAACAUCCACCUGCGCUCCACGCUCUGCUCCAAACGCAUGACCGAGGAGUUCCGCCUUUCCACCGAGGCGUUCGACUGGCUGCUGGGAGAGAUCGAGACCAAAUUUAAUCAGUCCAUUGCCCACCCAGGUGAAAUGGUCGGCGCUCUGGCUGCCCAGUCUCUGGGAGAGCCGGCCACCCAGAUGACCCUGAACACUUUCCAUUACGCCGGUGUGUCGGCCAAGAACGUAACGCUGGGUGUGCCUCGUCUGAAGGAGUUGAUCAACAUCUCCAAGAGGCCCAAAACGCCCUCGCUGACCGUCUUCCUGCUGGGUCAGGCAGCCCGAGACGCCGAGAGAGCCAAAGACAUCCUCUGUCGCCUGGAGCACACCACGCUGAGGAAGGUGACGGCGAACACGGCCAUCUACUACGACCCCAACCCCCAGAACACGGUGGUCCAGGAGGACCAGGAGUGGGUCAACGUCUACUAUGAGAUGCCCGACUUCGACGUGACGCGAAUCUCUCCGUGGCUGCUGCGCAUCGAGCUCGACCGCAAGCACAUGACCGACCGCAAGCUGACUAUGGAGCAGAUCGCAGAGAAGAUCAAUGCAGGUUUCGGAGACGACUUGAACUGUAUUUUCAAUGACGACAACGCUGAGAAGCUCGUGCUGCGAAUCAGAAUCAUGAACAGCGACGAGAACAAGUUCCAGGAGGAUGAGGAGGUGGUGGACAAAAUGGAUGAUGAUGUGUUCCUGAGGUGCAUCGAGUCCAACAUGCUGACAGACAUGACCCUGCAAGGCAUUGAGCAGAUCAGCAAGGUGUACAUGCACUUACCUCAGACUGACAACAAGAAGAAGAUCAUCAUCACAGAGGACGGUGAGUUCAAGGCCCUGCAGGAGUGGAUCCUGGAGACGGACGGCGUGAGCCUCAUGAGGGUCCUCAGCGAGAAGGACGUGGACCCCGUCAGGACCACCUCCAACGACAUCGUGGAGAUCUUCACGGUUUUGGGAAUCGAGGCGGUGCGGAAGGCUCUGGAGAGGGAGUUGUACCACGUCAUCUCCUUUGAUGGUUCCUACGUCAACUACCGUCACUUGGCUCUGCUCUGUGACACCAUGACCUGCCGCGGUCACCUGAUGGCCAUCACACGUCACGGCAUCAACCGUCAAGACACCGGGCCGCUCAUGAAGUGUUCCUUUGAGGAGACGGUGGAUGUGCUGAUGGAGGCGUCGUCACACGGUGAGAGCGACCCCAUGAAGGGGGUUUCUGAGAACAUCAUGCUGGGCCAGCUGGCCCCGGCCGGUACUGGAUGCUUCGACCUGCUGCUGGAUGCUGAGAAGUGUAAAUACGGCAUGGAGAUCCCCACAAACAUCCCCGGCAUCAGCGUGGCUGGACCCACUGGAAUGUUCUUUGGCACGGUGCCGAGCCCGAUGAGCGGCAUGUCUCCUGCCAUGACCCCCUGGAACACGGGAGCCACGCCGGCCUACGGCGCCUGGUCCCCCAGUGUCGGAAGCGGCAUGACCCCCGGAGCAGCAGGUUUCUCUCCCAGUGCAGCAUCAGAUGCAAGUGGCUUCUCUCCAGGCUACUCCCCCGCCUGGUCUCCCACUCCGGGCUCUCCUGGAUCUCCAGGACCUGCCAGCCCGUACAUCCCAUCUCCAGGUGGAGCCAUGUCCCCCAACUACUCCCCCACCUCCCCGGCCUACGAGCCUCGCUCCCCUGGAGGCUACACCCCUCAGAGCCCCGGCUACUCCCCGACGUCCCCCUCCUACUCCCCCACUUCUCCCUCUUACUCCCCCACCAGCCCCAACUACUCCCCCACCUCCCCCUCCUACUCCCCCACCUCGCCCAGUUACUCCCCGACCUCUCCGUCCUACUCGCCCACGUCUCCUUCUUACUCCCCGACGUCUCCCUCCUACUCCCCCACCUCCCCGUCCUACUCCCCCACCUCCCCAUCCUACUCCCCCACCUCCCCCAGCUACAGCCCCACGUCUCCGAGCUACAGCCCGACGUCGCCCAGCUAUUCCCCCACCUCCCCCUCUUACUCCCCCACCUCCCCCUCUUACUCUCCAACCUCCCCAUCCUACUCCCCCACCUCCCCAUCCUACUCCCCCACUUCCCCAUCCUACUCCCCGACCAGCCCGAGCUACUCCCCGACAUCGCCCAACUACACCCCCACCUCCCCGUCCUACUCCCCCACCUCCCCCUCCUACUCCCCGACAUCGCCCUCCUACUCCCCCACCUCCCCCAACUACACCCCGACGAGCCCCAACUACUCCCCCACCUCCCCCUCCUACUCCCCCACCUCUCCAUCCUACUCUCCCUCCAGUCCGCGCUACACCCCUCAGUCACCAACCUACACCCCCAGCUCCCCCUCAUACAGCCCCAGCUCCCCCUCAUACUCCCCCACCUCCCCCAAAUACACCCCCACCUCCCCCUCAUACAGCCCCAGCUCCCCAGAGUACACCCCCACCUCCCCCAAGUACUCCCCCACCUCGCCAAAGUACUCCCCGACGUCGCCCAAGUACUCUCCCACCUCCCCCACCUACUCCCCGACGACCCCGAAAUACAGCCCCACCUCCCCGACCUACUCCCCCACCUCCCCCACUUACACCCCCACCUCUCCCAAAUACUCCCCCACCUCACCCACCUACUCCCCGACCUCACCCAAGUACUCUCCCACGUCUCCCACGUACUCGCCAACUAGUCCGAAAGGCUCCACGUACAGCCCCACCUCCCCCGGCUACAGCCCCACCUCCCCCACCUACAGCCCGGCCAUCAGCCCCGACGACAGCGACGAGGAGAACAACUGAGGCGCGGAGGAGAAGGGGAGGCGGCUGAAGGAGACCCCUGUCACCUCAUGUGUGAACACCUGAAGGACAGCACCUUGAACCAGCUGGAGGUGGCGGCGCUUCUCGCCACCGGGGUCCCCAACCGAGUUUUCUCUGGGGGGAAAUCUCUCCUUUGGGACCUCUGUAACGCUCCAGUCUUGACCACCUGAGACCCCCCCACCCAACACCCUCCCUUUUACCACAAGAAAUUGUUAAAACUAUUAUGUGAAAGACUUGACUGCUCUGCCUGAAGGAAAGAAAAAAAAAAAAGGCUGCCUUUUGAAAUAGUUUUUUUAAUUUUCACACGGGGGUGCAAAAACUGCAAAUCCCAAGAGGGAAUGAAAAGGAGAGGAAGAUGUGGUGAACACGUAACAGGGGGGAGAAAACGUCCCUUUUUAACUUUAUAGCAUCCAGUCUCUCUCUCAUUCUCUAAAUGUUGGGUGUAUAGUUGUGGAAAUUUGCCAAAAGCCUUUUUUGAAAAGUGGAUUGUAUUCAUCACUAAAGCAUAAGCUCUAAAUAAAAUCACAGAGGUAUGGUUUUGUUUACUGCAUAUUUCACCAAGGUGUAUCUUGUCAGACAUUUUGCUGCUUUUGUAAAAGUCGCUGCCAGUUUUUGGGGCGUUUCGUGGCUCAAAAACGGAGCUUCAGCCGUUCGGUGUGUAUAAAAUGGUUGGCUCGGAUUGUCCAAAGAAGACAGAAAGAUGGAUGGUCGGCAGAAAUGCACAGGAGAUAGGAGAGAGAAACUGGGUUGCAGGGAAGAUAAUUCCACUCAUUUACUACAUAGGUGUAUGUACCCAUCGCCCUCCCCUCUUCCUCCUUCACACCCCAAAGACAAAACCUGAAAGAUGUCAUGAAAUACACCCACCAGCAUCCUCGACCCUCGACCAUUUUUUUUGGAGACUUGUGCAUCAAAAGCAAAAACUUUUUUCCAGAUAAUAUUCUUUCUUCUACACUGGGGAAAAAAAAAAUUAAAGAUUUAUAUGAAAAAAUAAAUAAAUAAUAGGAUGAUUAUUCUGUGUUUAAUUUUGAUUCUAGGAAGGAAAUGGGGCGCACGUCGUGGACGAGGGACGACUAGUUUGGCGUUGCUGCUUUUGUCAUUGUUUGCAUGAGUAGCACAUGUUAAUACAUUUUAAUCAAGCUUUAGGUUGUUUUGUUUUUUUUCUCAAAUCCCUCCCACUUCUCGCUAAUCUUCGUCCCAUUUCUGAUAGCUGACGUGUACACAGGUUUAUUUGGACUAUUCAAUUUAUUUAAGAAAUUUAACUAUUCUGUGUGAAUAUGAAUAGAGGAAAAUUAAGAUUUUUUUUUUUUUUUUUUUUUUUUUUGCUUUUCUCUUGUUUGCUUUGGUGACUUUGUAAACCUGUUUGCAGGAGGCUCAUGUUCAUAUACUGUGGAUGAAGGGGCAGGGGACGGAGGGGAGGGCUUGUUAUUUUUGCCCCCCCCGCCCCUCUCUAAUGUCCCGGACGGUUGCCAUGACAGCGACCGCUCUUUUCACUAACAUAUUUCAUGUUGUCACAAAGUCGACGACUCGCUCCGGUUAAAGGUAGAAUUGUCUUUUCCACUUUUUGGGGACAUUUGUCCUCCUUUUUUUGGCCUUUUUCUUUACAACGGCGUGUAACAGUUUAUUUUCUUUUAAACAGAGAUUGUCCAAAGAAACAGCACUUUUGGCCUCUUUGUUAAAAAAAAAAAACCAACAACCUUACCCACUACAUUAGUGUGAACUUUCUUUUUGAAUAUGGGUGCUCUGACAUGACUCGAUCUAGUUUGACUGUUUUAUAAGGAACCGUCUGUUCGUUGGAAACAUGUUUUCCUUUCCCUCCUCGUUCCAUUUGAAGCGGUUUCUAAUUUUUAUUUCUAUUUUUUUGGACUUGCUGGGUCUCCUCCCUCUUCCCUCUUCAUCCACAAGUUAUCCUCCAUUUCUCAAAUCAGUGUUUCUUUUUUUUCUACCAGUGUAUGUACCUGUGACGAGGGGAAUCAUGGGGAGGGGGGGAGGGCUGAGUUUGAUCCCACUGGGAGCCCUGAAGAAAUAAAACAGCCAGCAAUGUUUUGGAAAUGAAUUUGUGAAACAUUGCUUAAAAAAGACGGUGUUGAAUUGAAAGGACUGCAUCUUCUGGCCUUUUGAGAUGAAGCAGGUUUGGUCGUUGCACUUAGUAAUUAUUGUGGUGGACACAAGCCCCGGACAUUGUAAUAUUUUGUCCGCUAUGCUUGCAUCUAAUCCUGACGUCUUAACUGUGUGCUGUCCGCUCGAUUCAGGACGUCGGGGCUCCCAGGAUGUAUGAAUGUGUGUAUGCGUGUGUGGUUAAGUGCGUCCGAGGGCAAGACAGGGUUUCAAACUGAGGAAAGACUUCACGUGUCUGGGCAAAGGAAGGUUUGACUUGAAAUUGCCACUGUAUAGAAAUCAAUCCAUUAUCUCAUUCUCUGUAUCUUUGUUCUGUUUGUUUUUUGACUUAGAAAAAAUGAAUAAAAGUUUUACUACA